UUAGUUUUAAUGUAGCCUAUACACCAAGGAAAACAUUUCUGAGAUGGGUUUAUUUUUAAGUACAAUAAGAGCACACUUUUUUUUCUACAAAUGUUUGAACUGAUCAUAAAGAUUCUUUCUUUGAUCUAUUUAAAAGUACCUCCAGACAACAUCAGAGCUCAUUAAGAAAUAAGAGACUGUUGCUUUUACUAAACAGAACCAGUUGCUAGCAGCUCUCUCCAAAAAGCCUAAGUGGAGUGAAAUAGUUAGACUGAGUUAAGGAUGUUACAGGUGAGUUGUUACAAAUGAUUAAAAAUGACCAGAAUUAAUGAACAGAUAAAUGUCACUCACUGAGACUUGUUCUAGGAACUAGAGCAAGUUAUUUUACAAUUUUACAAUAUAAAAUAAGUAUGUUCGUUAAAAUGUCAGGAGGUCAUAUCAAUAUGAAAACCUUUUAAAAAGGUAAAACUAAGAAUAAUGUUUUAUGGUUAAUGAAACAACAAACUCACCACAAUAAUCAAAAACUAAAUUAGACAUUAGAAAUUAGGCAAAACCGGUUUUCAAAUUCAUUUGGAUUUUUUAAAAUUUGUCUCCAUCUUCUGGUUAACUUAUGGUACUCACUUUGUUUCUCAAUUUUAAUCAAAUCAAUACACACUCAAUAUUUGCUUCUUUUUGUUAGCAAAUAAUUGAUGUUGGGAAAAAUUGUUUCAUGACUGCCAAAGUUGGAUGCAGUUAGUCAUAUUACAUGCACUGACCCUGAGGAUGUGGCUGCAUUUAUUUGCAGGAUUUUAAACUUGCCCCUGCUGUCUCUCGACAGUCCAGCACAUUAUGACCAACACUGUACCACCCACCCAACUAUACAGUUGAAAAAAUUCUUAUCAUCUCUUCGUAUGUUGAGAAGCACUUCAGUCGAAAGGUUUUUUAACCACAAACACACUGACAAGUCAAAUAUGGACACUCAUUAUUCAGUGAGUGAAGAGAACCCACAAGAUCCCGGAACCUUUGUUGUAGACGUUGAUUUUCGUCGGACAUAUUUUUGAAAGUACAGGUUGGAUCCAGGCAGGAAAACUGGCUGAGCCUUCAGGUUUUUCCCUUUCUUUCUUUUUACAAUUAGCCUCAAAUUCAGACAUAUUGGAUCCCAGUCAAAAAUAAAGCAACAGCGAGCAUUAAAACACGUCCUCCUGUUAGCCUGUUUCCUCCGAUGCUAGCCUCCUCCGAUCAGCAGCAGGAUGUUUUCUUCCCAGACUUCGUCUUUCCAGGAUUCAAUCGACGUGGAGGAGAGAGAUGAAUUUGACAGCGAAGAUAUUGUUGGAUACAGCCAAAAAAUUCAGCUGAACUGCUACUACACCAUCUAUCUUUAUCAGGGCACAAGAUCUGAGGCCUGUGCAGAAAAUGUGGCGUGGAACCAGAAGCGUGCAGACUCCACAAGUCACGAUGACUUUAGCUUGACACUAAUUGACAGCAGCCUUCCUUCAGAAGCAGAACCGGAGCUGCGGACCUAUAUUUCGAGGCGACUGAGUAAAGGAGCUCUUCUUGGAGGCAUGGGCAACAUUGCCACUGUGGAACUGAGUCUUCCAGAACAGGCAGUCGGCUGCUACUGCUGCCUCCUGGAGCAGGAAAGGUCUCCAGAGCAGCCGGACGCUGAUGGAAAUGGAUUCGUCAUCUGCUUCAUGGGGGGCUCUGAAAAGGGACUGAACUUAUUUAGAUUAGAGCUCGAUAAAUAUGUCCAAGGCCUACACAGCAGCCUUCAAACUCCAGAGCUGCAGAACCUUGAGACUGAAGUUCGUCCCUAUCUGAGCCGCUGGUACGAGGAGUCGGUCAUGCACAUUUAUCGAGUAGUGCAGCUGGUCCAGAGCAACAUCAGCUUCCUGCUGCAUGCUGCUCUCAGUCACACACACGUGGAAGUCACCAAUUCGGACGAGAGGACAAAGGCCGACGUGUCCAGGUUCAUUAAAGCAGCCAGUUUGCAGGGCCUGUCUCAGCAGGACACCACCACAGCCUCUCUGUGCAAAGCCAUGUCGGAGGACACACAGUCUGAUGUGGUUAUCGACUGCUCCUCCAGCCCGCCCACGCUCACUAACACCGUCAGUAACCGUUUCUGCGAUGGCUGGAUUCAGGCGUUUCUAAACGCUGCAGAGCGCUGCAACCCCUUCCUGCUCAGACAGAUUCUGGAGAACUUCAAGCUGAAGGCCAUCCAGGACAUGAACAGCCUGAAGCGCUUCGUGCGUCAGGCCGAGAUGAGUCACUACGCCCUGUUCCGCUGCUGCCAGUUCCUGCAGGGCUGCGGGAACGGAGACGUGCUGCUGCAGAACGCCCGGGCGGAGCACAGCGACCUGCCCGAAGCCUGCAACAUCAUCGCCGUCCUGGACGAAUUCCUGAGUGAACAGGCUCAGGCCUGACCCGCAGCGUCCACUACAUCCAAAAGCUCCACAUUUACUAAUUUAUUAAAAUUAGUAAAUAAAAAAAAAUACUGUUAAAAAUGUGAGAAAUGAGGCAGCAAAUACAGUAAACUUAAUUUAUGGACUACGAUGAUGAUGGUGCUACUUUUACUACAGGAGUUUGGACAAUUAUGGAAAGGAUGUAAAAGAUGAAUUUUAUAAGACGAAAGAAAAUAGGAUAUAAUCUUAGAUGUAAAUGUCGAGGGUGUGUAUAAAGAAACGGAGACAUAAAUAUUACCAAUAGUUCUCACAGAGGGCACUAAAAAGAACCAAUAUACAUAAGAAGUUAUAACAACUGGGGUAAAAUUAUGUUCAGCAAUAUUUUAUAUCAAAAUAGCUCUCUAAAUUAUUUAACUGCUUUCUUUUGAGAAUGAUGCACAAAAAACUUUCAAACGUUUUGUUAUAUUAUCCACCCGGUACCUGCACUACCUUCACUCCUCUGACACUGUUUGUAUUUGUGCUGAUAUUAACUCUCUUUUUUUUUUUCAACUGUGGGAAUGAUUUGUUGUAAUUCUGGUGUAAUAGUUCCAAAUACUGUAAAAUGUGAUUAUUUCCAGGAGUUUAUGGGAGUUCAUGUAGAUACUUAGAUAUAAAUCAUGCAUUAAAAAAAAAGCUAAUAGUUGAUAAAUAGUUGUAACAAUAAGCUCAGAAGGUUCUUAUUAAAUAUUGUCCAAAGUAUGUAGGAGAGCAAUAUUGUUAUUGUUGGUGUUUAAUUUUAAUUUUAACCGUUGGUGUGUGAAUAGGUUGUGUUUGCUGUUGAGAAUAGUGUGACUGACUUAUGGUGUAUCUGUGUGGCUAUUUCUGUACAUGCAACCCCCGGUUCUAAAUAUUUUUUGUGGUUCUCUCGAAGAUGAUUGAAAUAAACACAGUUAAGUUGCA